AUGCGUAGCGUUCUAUUUCACAAUAAUUUCGUUGAUCUCAAAUCGAAAUGUGUUCAAUAUUCCAGUAUUUUACAUAAAACAGAUUUCGAAAAAUUCGCCAACGAAGAGCACAUCAAGAAAUGCGUUCAAAAGCUGAGUUCUCUGAAGCUCGUAGCAGAUGGUAAGAAAAUGGAAAGUAGAGCAUCGGUGUUAAUUCCGCUAUGUCACUCGAACAAUGACCUUUGUUUGCUAUACACCUUAAGAACACAUCUACUUCGACGACAUCCAGGUAAAAUAUCAUUUCCUGGAGGUAUGUGUGAUGAAAACGAAACUCCGGAAGAUACAGCAAGACGAGAAACAGAAGAAGAAGUAGGCUUUGCUGGACAUAAGAUGAAAAUUUAUGGCUGUGGGGCACCUAUCCUUAGGGCAGGUGUUUCGAUUACACCGACUGUAGGAUAUCUUGGGCAUGUGGGAACAAAUGAUUUUAAAAUUAAUAAAGAAGAGGUGCAGUUUGCUUUUACUGUACCCUUAGCAAUGCUCUGUGAUCCAGUAUGUUGUAGAUAUACGCAAUUUAGAAAUAGUUACACGUUACCUGUGUAUGUUGUAGAUAGAUUCAAGAUAUGGGGGGUUACUGGCUUCUUGACUCAUUUAUUUUUAAAAUGUUUAGUAGACGAUUUAUAUAAACUGAAACUGGUGCAAAGCACCGAAGUUUUAAAAGAUACAUGAAUUGGAAUUCUGUUAAUUUUUAUUUUGUUUUGCCUUUUAUAUGUUACCUUGUACCUUGCAAUAAUUUAUUGUACGUAUUUUAUCUUUGAUGUGUGUUUUUUGUCGUGAUUUUUAUACGAAACAUUAAACGGUUUUGAUAAGA